CGGAGAUCCCCAUCCUUCGUCACCAAAUCCCCCCAUGGCUGGCUGGCUGGCUGGAGCACGCGAGAGAGGGGAAGAUAUUUUCCGUCCAGAAGCUUGAAGUGCUUCCGGCCUCCGGCAAUGGCGGCCGGGUUUUACUUUUACCCGAGCAGGGGUAGAAACGUCUCCGUUUUUACCAUUUCCGGCGCGCCAGGUGUCACCUCCGCACAACUCCUGGCGCCACUGGCCCGGCUAUAUAAGCUCCGGCCCGGCGCCCUCCUUCUCCCCCGCAAACCUGAUUGUGAGGGCAGCUAAUUACUAGUGCUAAGCUCGCUAGUGUGAUUAGCGACGACUGGUAGCUUGUUUGUCGCCGCGCUAAUUAGUAAUUAGCGUGUGACAGAGGAGGUAAAUAUUGUGCAAUAAUUCCGGUGGCGGUUCUCUGAUCUCGACGGAGAGAUGACGGUGACGCCGAAGAUCACGGUGGGGGAUGGGCGGCUGGUGGCGCACGGGCGGACCAUCCUGACCGGCGUGCCGGAGAACAUCGUGCUCACGCACGCCUCCGGGGCGGGGCUCGUCGAUGGCGCCUUCGUCGGCGCCACGGCCGGCGAGGCCAGGAGCAUGCACGUCUUCAGCUUCGGCACCCUCAGGGACCUGCGGUUCAUGUGCUGCUUCCGGUUCAAGCUGUGGUGGAUGACCCAGCGCAUGGGCACCUCCGGCCGCGACGUCCCGCUGGAGACGCAGUUCAUGCUCCUGGAGAGCCGCCCGGGCGCCGGCGCCUGCGCCGACGACGACAGCGGCGAGCCGGUGUACCUGGUGAUGCUGCCGCUGCUGGAGGGCCAGUUCCGCGCCGCGCUGCAGGGCAACGACCGCGACGAGCUGGAGAUCACCCUCGAGAGCGGGGACAAGGAGGUUCAGACGGCGCAGGGGACCUACAUGGUGUACGUGCACGCCGGGACCAACCCCUUCGACACCAUCACUCAGGCUGUCAAGGUUGUGGAGAGGCACCUGCAGACGUUCCACCACAGGGACAAGAAAAAGCUGCCGUCGUUCGUGGACUGGUUCGGCUGGUGCACAUGGGACGCCUUCUACACCGACGUCACCGCCGAGGGCGUCAAGCAGGGCCUCCAGAGCUUGGCGGAGGGCGGCACGCCGCCGCGGUUCCUGAUCAUCGACGACGGGUGGCAGCAGAUCGGCAGCGAGAACAAGAAGGAGGCCAACGCCGUCGUCCAGGAAGGCGCGCAGUUCGCCAGCAGGCUGACGGGGAUCAAGGAGAACGCCAAGUUCCAGAAGAAGAAGGAGGCAGAGCAGCAGCAGGAGGAGCAGGCCGAGCAGCAGGCCCCCGGGCUGAAGCUUCUGGUGGAGGAGGCGAAGCGCGAGCACGGCGUCAAGUACGUGUACGUGUGGCACGCCAUGGCGGGGUACUGGGGCGGCGUGAAGCCGGCAGCGGAGGGGAUGGAGCACUACGAGAGCGCGCUGGCGUUCCCCGUGCAGUCGCCGGGGGUGAUGGGCAACCAGCCGGACAUCGUCAUGGACUCGCUCUCCGUGCUGGGGCUGGGCCUGGUGCACCCGCGCAAGGCCCUCCGCUUCUACGACGAGCUCCACUCGUACCUGGCCUCCUGCGGCGUCGACGGCGUCAAGGUGGACGUGCAGAACAUCAUCGAGACGCUGGGCGCCGGCCACGGCGGCCGGGUCUCGCUCACGCGCGCCUACCACCACGCGCUCGAGGCCUCCGUCGCGCGCAACUUCCCCGACAAUGGCUGCAUCUCCUGCAUGUGCCACAACACCGACAUGCUCUACAGCGCCCGCCAGACCGCCGUCGUGCGCGCCUCCGACGACUUCUACCCGCGCGACCCGGCGUCGCACACCAUCCACAUCUCCUCCGUCGCCUACAACACGCUCUUCCUCGGCGAGUUCAUGCAGCCCGACUGGGACAUGUUCCAUAGCCUGCACCCGGCGGCGGAGUACCACGGCGCGGCGCGGGCGAUCGGCGGCUGCCCGAUCUACGUCAGCGACAAGCCGGGCAACCACAACUUCGAGCUGCUCAAGAAGCUCGUGCUCCCCGACGGCUCCGUGCUCCGCGCGCAGCUCCCCGGCCGCCCCACGCGCGACUGCCUCUUCGCCGACCCGGCGCGCGACGGCACCAGCCUGCUCAAGAUCUGGAACGUGAACAAGUGCACGGGCGUGGUGGGCGUGUUCAACUGCCAGGGCGCCGGCUGGUGCCGCGUCACCAAGAAGACCCGCGUCCACGACGCCGCGCCGGGGACGCUCACCGGCUCCGUCCGCGCCGAGGACGUGGACGCGAUCGCCGACCUCGCCGGCCCGGGCUGGGGCGGCGAGGCUGUCGUGUACGCCUACCGAUCGGGGGAGCUCAUCCGGCUGCCCAGGGGCGCCACGCUGCCGGUGACGCUCAAGGUCCUGGAGUUCGAGCUGUUCCACGUCGCCCCCGUCAAGGAGGUGGCGCUGGGCGUGUCGUUCGCGCCCAUCGGGCUGCUCGGCAUGUUCAACGCCGGCGGCGCGGUGGAGCAGUGCGAGGCCGGCGCCGACGCGGACGCCGUCGUGCGGCUCAGGGUCCGCGGCUGCGGCCGGUUCGGCGCCUACUGCUCGCGGAGGCCGGCGCGGUGCACGCUGGACGCGGCCGAGGCGGAGUUCACCUACGACGCCGACACGGGGCUCGUCGCGCUCGACAUCCCCGUGCCGGAGAAGGAGUUCUACAGAUGGAACCUGGAGAUCCAUGUCUAGGAGGCUCUUCGAUCUUCCCCGCCGACGUGUCCGUCAUGGUGCUCGCCUCAUUCUUUGGUGGAUUGACCACUACGCGUCUGUGGUUGGUGUGCGACACGGGAGAGGCGUGUGCACGAAAUGAAGGCGUCCGCUAUUGAUGCGCCCUCUCCCUAGAAGAAUAAACUAGCGCUCUGUACUGCACAGAACUACUGUUGCAUAUGCAAUAAACGACGACCACACCAUGUAUACAUUUUAGGCGAUCGAGCAAACUGAAAACAGAACCAGAUCGAACAAUACAAAAUUUAGGAAUCUAGCAUUAUUGUGCUGCGAUGCAAA